AUGGACUCAAACCCGUGGGGUAUUAUAGGUGAUUUUAAUGUUGUCAGGUCUACCUCUGAAAAACUGGGAGGUGUCCCCAUUGACCCUACUUUUGUUAAGGCUUUUAACAGCUGCCUUGAUGAUGUUAAUAGGAAUGAUCUUCGUUGGUCUAGUGCCAAUCUCACUUGGCAGAACCGUAGAAGUGGGGCUGACAGGAUGGCUUACAAGCUUAAUAGGGCCCUUGUAAAUGAAGCUUGGAUGACCUAUUACCCUGCAUCCUUUGCCACAUUUGAUGCCCCCACCAUCUCAAAUCACUGCCCCAUUUCCCUCCAUGCCUACUCCUCCUCCUCCUUUGGCCCUAAACCCUUCAAAUUCUUUGAUAUAUGGACCCUCCACCCUGAUUUCUCCUUUAUUGUCCGUGAUGCUUGGAAUCUCCCCGUUAAAGACUUCUCCUCUCCCCUCAUUGCCUUGUCCAGGAAGCUUAAGAAUGUAAAAUCUACUCUCAAGCUUUGGAACUCUAAAUGUUUCAGUAACAUCUCUGGCAAAGUCUCGGAGUGCAGAGAGAGGCUUGAAUCCAUUCAAGAAAAUCUCCUGUCCGACCUCCAUAAUAUUGCUCUAGCAGAGGAAGAGAAAUCCUCUUCCCUUGAGCUCUCCCUCCUCCUGACCCAAGAAGAGAAUCAUUCCUCCAUCUCUUCCAUCAUGUCCUCCCUCCGUCUCUUUGAGCAUCUCUCGGGUCUCCAGAUCAACCCAGUGAAAUCCCGCAUCUUCACCUCUGGGAUUGAGGAAGCUUCCACCAAUCGCCUUCUUAAGAUCAUUAGAUUCCGCCUUGGCUCUCUUCCAGUCAAGUAUCUUGGCCUCCGCUCAUCCCCGCAGACUCUCUGGCCAUCAUUACACCCCAAUCCUGGAUCUCCUAUGGAAAAGACUUCAGUUGUGGAAGAGUAA